AUGUCUAACAAUUUGCUAUUAAAAAGACCAAGAACAGCUAUUAGUGAAUCUUUAAAACAUGAAAUAUGUGAGUAUAGUCAAAAAAAUCCUAAUGAAAAACAAGCAGAUAUUGCUAAACACUUCAAUUCCAAAGAUUCUAGUUUAAACUUAGAUCGAACUACAAUAUCUAAAAUUUUAAAAGAUAAAUCAAAAUAUGAUAUGAUUGUAACAGAAUUAAUGAUUAAAGAAAAAGCUGCUGAUUUCACAAAAGCUUUGAAUUUAGAAGAUGAUGCUUUGAAAUUUUCAAAUAGAUAG